GUUUGCUUAUGUUUCAAGUCGUCUUUCUAUCCUUUUCUCGUUCUUCUCUGGAAUGUUCAUCUGAGUGUUUGUUUCAUCGGAAAGAAAAAGAAAAUCCCAUCACUUUUUUUCUUUCUGAUUUUUAUCUGUUUUUUUUUUUAUGGACUGAUUGUCAGGGGUGAUAGAAAUCGAGGGUAUGUGUCUUCUAAUUCUUGAUGGUGACUAUGCUUUCAAAUGAUUUGGGCACUUCAGCUGAUCAUCUCUGCAUAAUCUCUAACUGUUUGUGGGCGAGAUUUGCCAGUCCACAAGCAGUUAACAUAACACAUUAUGGGUUGGCUAACCAAGUUUCUGAAAGGCUCCAGCCAUAACCAUAAAAUCUCAGAAGGGCAAUAUCAUGGGAAGUAUGAGGAAGAAGGAAUUUGGGACGGCCCUUCUCCUGCGGCUGCAUGGUCGGACUCUGAGAAUGAAGAUAUUGAUCGUGCUAUUGCAAUUUCCCUUUCGGAAGAAGAUCAGAAAGGGAAAAAAGUAAUUGAUAAUGAUUCUCAUUUGGAGGAAGACGAGCAACUUGCCAAGGCACUUCAAGAAAGUAUGAAAAUGGAUUCUCCACCGCGAUAUGAUUAUGGAAGUUUGUUUCCACCUUAUCCGUACUUCAAUCCAUCUGGGUACAGGAUCUGUGCCGGUUGCAAUGCUGAAAUUGGUCAUGGACGAUUUCUGAGUUGCAUGGGAGGUGUUUGGCAUCCAGAAUGUUUCUGUUGUAAUGCUUGCAAUAUGCCCAUUUCUGAUUAUGAGUUUUCUAUGUCUGAGAAUCGUCCUUACCACAAAUCCUGCUAUAAGGAGAAGCAUCACCCAAGAUGCGAUGUUUGCAAUAACUUUAUCCCAACAAACACAGCCGGUCUCAUUGAGUACAGAGCACAUCCUUUCUGGCUACAAAAAUACUGCCCCUCGCAUGAACGUGACGGAACUCCUCGGUGUUGUAGCUGUGAAAGAAUGGAGCCAACUGACACGAGCUAUUUGUUGCUCGAUGAUGGUCGGAAGCUGUGUUUGGAGUGCCUCGACUCUUCAAUUAUGGAUACACACGAAUGCCAACCUCUUUACCUUGAAAUUCAAGACUUCUAUGAAGGUUUGAAUAUGAAAGUCGAGCAGCAAGUUCCAUUACUCUUAGUUGAGAGGCAGGCUCUAAAUGAAGCCAUGGAAGGAGAGAAAAAUGGUCAUCAUCACUUGCCUGAAACAAGAGGACUUUGCCUGUCAGAAGAACAAACUGUCAGCACGAUUUUAAGGAGGCCAAGGAUUGGGGGCUCUCGGAUUAUAGACAUGUUUACAGAGCCUUAUAGGCUAACUCGUCGAUGUGAAGUGACAGCUAUCCUCAUUUUGUAUGGUCUCCCUAGGUUGUUGACUGGCUCAAUCCUAGCGCAUGAGAUGAUGCACGCAUGGCUCCGGCUCAAAGGUUACCGCAAUCUAAGUCCUGACGUUGAAGAAGGUAUCUGCCAAGUGUUAGCUCACAUGUGGUUGGAUUCUGAAAUUAUGGCCGGUUCUGGGCCUUCUGGCAGUAAUACUGCUUCAACUUCAUCCUCCUCUUCCUCCUCCUCAUCUUCCUCUAGUUCCUCCUCGUCAAAGAAGGGCAAACGCUCUGAAUUUGAGAAGAAACUCGGUGCCUUUUUCAAACACCAGAUAGAGUCAGAUACUUCAGCAGCUUAUGGAGACGGGUUCAGAGCAGGCGAUCAAGCAGUGCUCAAGUACGGCCUCAGGAGGACUCUUGACCAUAUCCGGUUGACUGGAAGCUUUCCUGUCUGAAUCGAGUAACGCUCUGCUCGGUCUCAUCUUGAUUUCCCCUCUUAGAUAAUAACCUUGGACUGUCAUUUAGAUCUAUAGACACCAAAGCAUGCAUGGAACAUAAUAUCACAGUACUAAAUAAGCAAAAAGAUGCCUUGAAUUCUACGCGGAAAUUGUGUAGUUCCAUAAAACAUUGGACUGGACACCACAUAUUUUCAUACUUGUUGAUAUAUAGAAGAAAAAAGAAAGAAUGAAUACAGUGACUAUGUAUUUUGUGUGUAACAGUUCCAUCUCUACUCUUAAUUUUAUAGUUUGUUUGAGCUGUGAACAA